AGUACAAUUCACGAUCACCGUGACUCUUCUCUACUCAAACCAGCGUCACCGACCCCGUAACUUUGCACAUUCUGCGAUUGACACAAUUUCCACUGCCUUCUCUCCUACCGAGAAGGUAACACAAGCUACUGUGUCAGGAUGUCGCUCUCUCCAGAAACCCGCGAACAAUAUGUUCCGAUCAUUGACUCAAUUUUGGCCAAGAGUGACCUCAAUACCAUCUCCGAGAAGCGAAUCCGUAAAGGGCUUCAGGAAGAGGUUGGCUAUGAUCUCACUCCGCAGAAGGCUAUGAUCAAGCAACUUAUUAUGGAGCGGUUCGACAUCUUUGCCGAAAAUGGCGGUAUAGGUGCUUCCCCCGAGGCAGCUGCCCCUGCGACCAAUGGCCACAGUUCGACAACUCCGGUUGAGGCCUCGUCUCCUACGCAAUCCUCGAAGUCCCACAAACGUCAGACAGAUAGCGUGGAACGUGAAUCGGACAGGACCCCCCCAGUGAAGAAGCAAAAGCCCGAUCAUGACGUGGACGCUGAUGCCCUUUUCGCUGCAAAGCUCCAAGCGGAAGAGAAUAUGCGUGCCCGUCCUACUCGUGGUGCUAGCACGCGCAAAGCUCAACCAGUGAAGAAGAAGACAACCAAGGCUAAAACGUCGAAGAAAGUCAAGGCGGAGGACGACUCAGACGUCGACUCCGGGUCCGAGACGAAGAAAGUCAACCGGUCGGGUGGAUUUCAUAAGCCGCUUACUCUUUCACCAGCAUUGUCAGCUCUGUUAGGUGGUGAGGAGUCGCUCUCGCGACCCCAAACAGUCAAGAAAGUCUGGGCAUACAUUCACGAGCACGAUCUGCAAGAUCCCAGCGACAGACGUCAAAUCCGCUGCGACGAACCGAUGCGCGCGGUCUUCAAGCAAGACCGCAUACAUAUGUUCACGAUGACAAAAAUCCUCAGCCAAAAUUUGUAUAGUCCUGAUGAAUAGCUCCUGUAUCAAAGGAGAACCCUGCGACAUACAUAACCUUCAGUGGUUUUGCGCCAUGUCCGUCGCUACAUUUUACGAAUAUUUGCUUUUCUUGUUCU